AUGCCAUCCACUGUCAAAGUGCGCGUCAAGGGGGCACGGAAUCUUCCUCCCAUGGACAAUCGACGACCGAUGGGCAACACGGGAACAUCACCCAUGGCGGGCAUCUUUCAUCCGUCCACGUUCAGUGGUCCCCCUUCGAUUGAUGCCUAUGUGGUGGUCAGUUUGGGAGGACACUCCAGCAAUCUCAUUGCAUCCACCACGGAAGAAGAUGGAAACAGAAACUUUGUCGGAGGCAGCAAUAAUAGCAACACAGGAUCCUCAACCACCAGCAAGGGGUACACGGCCAAAACCAAAGUCUGCCGAAGAAGCUUGAAUCCAGUGUGGGAUGAAGAGUUCCGAUUCGAUGUCACGGCGGAUUCCAUGCUACAAGAUGAACCACUCAUAUUUAGAGUAUGUGAUUGGGAUGCCAUUCAAUCCGAUGAAUCCAUUGGAUUGGUAUAUAUUGAUCUCAAUCCACUUUUGUCCACACAAGCUGCCAGAGAAGAUGAAGAUGCCCAUCGAGGAGGAGAUGGAUCUGCGUUGAGAUUGGAUGCUUGGAAGGGAGGAAUAUCCACUGGAGUGAUUGAUGGCUUUUUCCCGCUCUACGACACGCUAGGAGGUGUACGAGGGGAACUAGGGCUCUCCAUCAAACUAACCUAUAUUGGGGACGUAAACGUCUUUAGAGAUUCUUCGGCCGGUGUUCGACUACUUCCGGUAUCCACACUGGAUCCAGUUUCAGAACUCAAGAUUACCCACUCCUUUGGGUUUGUCGAGGAACUAGUAGUGGCGUCAGAUCCAGAGUUUCAAUGGAAUGAUGACUUUAAGAGAGCCAAGACAAGUCAUGAAACACGCCAGACACUUCUCUACUUGUUGGAUUCCUGUGUCAGACGGCGUAUGUGCAAAACUGUUCUGGAUAUGGGUGGUAAUGCUGUAUUGGGGUAUCAUCAGAACUUUGAUGUUGAAGGAGACUCUGGAAUUGUUGCCAGGACGUAUGGAACUUGUGUGUUGCUGGAACGAUCAGGGGACAAAGCGGAAAGUGAAAGAUUAUCAGUGGCCAUCGAUGGGUCCGAUCAUCCACGGCCCGACCAAACGCUUGAAAACCGGCUGGCAUCUAGAUACUCUGAAGCUGUUGCUGCGGCAGCAGCGAAUACCGUUCGACAUCGCGAGGCGUCACAAGAGGAAGAAGUCCAACUCCUCACCCUCAGAUAUUUUGAUCCCAAUGUGCGAGUGAGGAUUGGGGGAUUGGUGACAGCUCGGAGCGUCAAAUACCUGGGAAACCUAGCCAGCUCGCUAUUGGAUCAGGAAACCAGAGAUUCCUGGUGGAACGAGUUGCGUGAUGAGAUCAAGGCACACGCUAAAAUCCUCUGUUGUUCCCAUGUUGUUGGGUACCUCGAAGCCUCUACAAUCCACGAUGAUGUUGCCAUCCUGAGCAUUACAGGAACAGCUGCCUCGGUAAGAGGGCUCCCAGACUUAACAGCUCCGUCUCAAAGGUUGUGGACCAAUCAGUUGGACAGAGUUGUUAACGACGAUGGCGAUGAACAAAAUUCAGAUGUCGUCCCUGGUCUCACUCAGUCCAGGAGUGCACGGCGGGCAGAACGUGCCAACAGAAGGAUGAGACGAGCGGCAGGAGGGAGCAGAGGGCACAGCAAACGUCUCGACGCGGCAUCGGCGCCAAAUGACUUUAACUCGAUGUCACCAGCAAGCACACGGCAACUCAACGAAUAUACCAGUCGUGAUUCGGACAAUUUGAAGCCAGUCACUGUCCUUCGGGCACGGCGAGCCAAGCCAUGCUCUUAUUGUCAUGUUCCAUAUCACCAUCGCAUCGCUCCGUUUUCCAAUAUGAAACUCGUGCCCUGUCUACUAUGCGGGAAGAAAUGGGUUCCUGAAAUUCUACUUGCUACCGUGGAACCUCCUGAUAGCCUGCCCAUUCGCGGGUCGGGUGUGUUCGUGCAGGCACGGGUUUGUCGGUCUCGACCCAAAUCAACAGGGGAGAGCGACGCCCUUGCUGUUAGCGAGGCUCUUCCUUUUCUGGAAUAUGAGCUGGCACGCCAGCUGAUGUUGAAGCUCAAAGUAAUAGGAAGAAAUGCAGCGUUUGCUCUUAAGAGUGAAGUUGAUGUAGGACAACGCUUGAUAGUUUCAACGGUAACCGCGACGGCUGUGUAUUGCACAGCAAUGCCGGCUCCCAGAGUUCUGGAGAUCUCUCGGACAAUUGAGGUGCAAGAUGAAGAAGAUCAAAGUCUCCUACACUUGCAACGCCAGAUCGAGGUUAUUUCGGCAAAGAAUCGUCAGAGGCUAGCGGGGGCGGCUCAACGACACGCCAACAGAGUGCGAAAGAGAUACUUGCAGAAGAUGAAACAGGCACAGCUGAGGCGGGAAGCCGCGAGACUAGAAAGUAUGAAGAAGAAAGACCUUGUGAAACGCAAACGCAGUACAGAUUCGACAUCCAACCGAAAGCUCAGCAUAGGGUCGGUGGAUCUCACCCUUGAUGGCUUGCAGAAAAACGAGCAGAAUGAAAGCCCAGGAGGGGCCGGGACAAGCGGCCAGGCUACGAACGAAAAGCACAAUGACGAAGAAGAUUCUUCAGGGUUGUCUUCUAGUUCUUCCUCGAGUAGCUCCAGUUCUUCCUCGAGUAGCUCCAGUGAAAGCGAGAAAGAAGGCGACGAUGCACAAGGCGACGAAAGCCCUUUUGACGCGAAAGCUUUUGCGUCAAGUGAGGCAUCGGGGCUUGACACUUCCGUUGGUGGACGUGGCCGUUCAGAUUCUGGCGCGUCUGCCGAGGACUUCGAAGAUGAUGUUUAUGUGUCAGGUGGGGAGCUCAUGAGAGGCGAAGAUGGCGAAGAUGAACGACAAUUGGGGACGGCAUCAGAUAUGGAGGAUCUAGACGAAUAUGAAACCAAAAUCAAGGCAGAGCAGCUGGUCGCGGAUAAAGGGAGACUGCGGCGGCGCAGACGUCGUCGCAUGUAUCGUGACGACAAGCAACCUUUCGUGUUGGAAAUCGACGAUGAAACCGACGAAGACCUUUUGAGUGUUCUCUUGGACCGGGAGCUUCCAGAAGGAGUGAGGAUGUGCACGAGCGAGUACAUGCCUGAUUUUGGGAGAGGAAAUGGAGGACACGAAUCUGAAGAUUCCAAUGGAUACAUGUUGAUGUCAAUGCUGAGGUACAAAUGGAACCCCUCGUCGAGAGGAACGAGAAGUAAUUUGCUGUUCUCAAGCCUUUUCCAAGAGUUGUUUGCCAAGUUAUGCGACAAGAUCCGCUCCUUUGCCCCCGCAGUUAUCUGCGGUCUAAGGACGCAAGUGAAUCUAACACCAGAUGACAUGAUUGAGCUGAUAUGCACAGGGAAGGUUGUACUCGAACGUCGCUUUGAGAAACCAAUGAUACGCGAGAACAAUGACAGCGACAACGAUUCUCGAGCGGACGAGCUGGAGACUCGACGCCAGGAAGACUCGGACUUUCGGCAGCUUCUGAAGCAAAUCGAGGAGAGCAUGUCUGUUUGGUUCAAAGUGCAACCGCCGAUUGCGCAGAACAGAGCAACCGUAAUCGAAGACAAGCUGAGUGAACGCAUGAAGAAGCUGCAUGUCAAGUUCUAUGAACACGAAUUUGGGGGUACAAUGGACCAGCUACCUAAUUUCAGUGCAACCUUCAGCACAGGGAGCAUCCCUGGAGGGAGCCACACAGACGCAUCACCAAGAAUGUCACCAAGGAGAUCCUCCGCGGCGGAACUAUCUCCCCGGAUGUCACCGUUUAUCAGAGGCCGAAACGAGACGAUGGCCAGCAUCUUCAGUAGAGGAGGCGAUACCGCUAUGUCGGCGUCUAUCUCAUCGUCAGGUCCGGAGGCUCCAAAGAGCGCAUCUCAGUAUCGCCAAAGAAGCAUUGGCGAUGCUCAGACAUCAUCAUCAUCAAGGCCUAACCUGACGGCCUUGGCGCUCCUGGGCAGCGAGCAAGUUGAUUUGGCUCCACCACUGAAUCGAGUCGAACCUGCCACCCACUUUAGUCUGGGUAUUAGCCCAGCUACAGCUACAGGCGGUGUAGCAUGGCUGAAAGUUACUGAAGUGCCGGUAGAGCUAACCCCUUUGCACCACAUUACAGGCGCCGUUGUCACUCAAUACCUGGGUAUCGUGUCGAUGCAUUUUGUCCGAGAGUCUAGUGGAGGAGAGGCAUCAGAGUUCCGACGCUUUGUUACAGAAUGCAACGCCAUUGCACGAGCACACGUGGCAUCACUCGGGGGGAACGCAAUGAUAGCUUAUCGUGCAGUUCCAGCCGAAUCCGGUGGAAGGGUCUACAAAUCUCAAGUGUACAACGUGCUAUCUCUGUCAGGUUGCGCCGUCAUUGUGGAUUACAGAGAAACUUCGAGCAAAGCAAAUGCUUAUCGCAAGGGAAGUCGCGGGAAUGAGAAAAAUGAGUCAAGUUGGAGAUCACGGUCUACCUCAUUCUAGUUGGCGACCUCUGGCUGUUGCUGGUUGCUCUGCCGGGAGACUCUGCAGUACAACUGCUGAGUGGCGGUAACUGACGAUAUGCUUGGUCUGCAUGAACGUCCCUUUGUGUACCACCCGUGAGAGAACCAUACAAACCCCGUACAAGGAUCAGCUGCGCGGGGUACGUUGAGACAGCUGAUGCCUUUGUCGUUGUCGAUACCG